AUGAGUGAUUGCAUCAGUAUCGGCAGAGAAAGGCUCAUUUGCGCCUAUGAUUUAUUUUACAAGCAACUAUGUUUGCUAACGCUCAAAAUUCGGAGCUUAUUUGCAGGUGGGAUCCCACGUAAUAUGGUACUAGAUGAGGCAUGGAAUAGGACAACUCAGUUAUCCGGUCAUGCUGGAGUUUUACCAGUUCACGUGAUCGCUUUCGUUCUUGCAAUUGCAAAUUUUCUCCUGAACAGCUUCAUAUGCCUCGCAUUCCAUCGUAAUCGUCGACUGUUUAACAAAUGUCAUUUGUAUAUAUUUUUUGCAUUUGCAUUUACCAACUGUUUAUCGGGUCUCUUCUCGCAACCAACGCUAAUUAAUUUAUUUAUUCAUAACAAUUUAAACUGCCCACGAUGGACCAUAAUGAUUGGAUCAGUUUUUGAAAUUGCAUUGGAUAGGGUACGCAAAAUUUUGACAAUAGCAAUAGCACUGGAGCGAAAUUAUGCGGUAUUUUUUCCAUCACAGUGUUAUGUUAUGGAUCACUACAAAUUCGCAUAUCGCUUCUGCAUGCUGGCCGUCAUUUGGGGCACUUGUGAUUCCUUAGCUAUGGUUGCUGAGGAUAGUUUUGAAAAGAUUCGGGUCCAUUGUGUUACGACUUCUUCAUCGGGUCCAUAUUUUCACGCCUAUUUUCUGAUCUCAAGUAUCGUGAUGGGUGCCAUACUGCUUGUCACCUACUCGUUGUUUCUUAUCAAAUUAUCUGUGAUGACCGAAUCGCUGUCCAUAUGUCGUAGUGAUAUUCGUGCUCAAGCAAUUCGAGAAAAUAAUCGACAG